GAGAGGUUAUUGCAGUGUCCCUAUGAUAAGAAUCACAAAAUCAGAUCAUGCAGGUUCCCAUACCAUCUUGUGAAAUGUAGAAAGAAUCAUCCUGAUAUUGCUGCCAAAUUGGCUACUUGUCCCUUUAAUGCUCGCCAUCUGGUUCCACGAGAUCAGCUCAGUGAACAUAUUGCAACUUGUAUGGACAAAACUUCCCUUGAAGAUGAUGUAGAAUCCUUGGAAGAUCCUAGCCCAAGUUUUGUUUGGGGCAACAUCAAAUCCUCUGGCAACAACAGGUGA